AAGCAACCGGUGACGAUGGAGGAUAUGGAUACCGCGUGGCCGGCCGGCCGCCUGCGCCUGGCCUGUUCUUUUGUUUUCUAUAUAUAGGAUAGGAAGCAUGCAUGAAUGGAUUACCAUCACCGUCCAUCCAUCCACCCACAGUUUGCAAUCUGACCCUAGAGAUCAGAACAACAGCGCUAGCUCGUCGCAGGUUUGCAGCUGUGAAUUGUGAUCGUCGACCCACCAUGAGCUACCAAGCAGGCUACCCACCACCGGCGGGCCAGCAGCAGGCCUACGGCGGCGCGCCUCCACCGCCGGCAUACGUCGCGCCACCACCGGCGUACCCGCCGACACAGGACGGCGGCGCGUACUACGGCCAGCAGCAGCAGCAGCAGCAGCAGCAGACCACCACCAGCCGCGGCGGCGACGGUUUCUGGAAAGGAUGCUGCGCCGCCAUCUGCUGCUGCUGCGUCCUCGACAUGUGCUUCUGAGGACGACGACGGCGGCGUCAUCGAUCCACCACCGGGGAAGCUGCUAGCUGUCGUGCUCCAUCGCCCUGUCCUGCAGGGCAGGGCAUAGUAGCUAUAGCUAGCUGGUGACCGGCGGUUGAUGACCAUCAUGUGCUGCUCUUUUGUGUGCCUGUGUCUCAUUUAUAUACAUAUAUGUAUAUUCUACUCGUCGUAGCUACUAGAGAGUAUACUCGCCUUCGAAUUCACUCCUGUUGUUUUACCCGUGUAUGAACGCAUGUGUUGGGUAUUUGUUGAGCCAUUCUUAAUAUAUAAUCCUCUUGCUUUGCACCAUCCGAUA